AUGGACACCAUACGGAGCUCGGCGAAGCACGAGGUCGCCACUGGGCUGGACCUCAAGUCGGCAACGGGCGCCGACUCACCGUGUGUCUCGUGCGUCGGCGGGAAGCUUGCGCGGCACACCUUCCCCGACCAAGGCUCCGACGCCGACGACGUGCUGGCCGUCGUGCACAUCGACCUGUGCGGGCUGUUCCGGGUGGCUGCCAAGGACGGCAGCUUGUACUUCCUGCUCCUGCAGGACCGGAAGACCCGCUACGUGUGGGUGAGGCAGGUCGCCAAGAAGUCGGAUGUGCUGCUGGAGUUCAAGAAGUGGCUGGUGUGGGUGGAGAGGCAGACGAAGAAGUCGGUGCUGAUGCUUCGCUCCAACCGAGGAGGGGAGUUCCUCAGGAAGAAGUUUACUGACUUCGUGGACGACAAGGGGAUCGUCCACAACCUUGCCUGCCCGUACACCCCGCAGCAGAACGGCAUGGCGGAGUGGGAGAUGAGGACGGUGGUGGAGACGGUGCGGACGAUGCUGCUGCACAUAGGCGUGCAACACCACUGGUGGCACCUCGCUCUGCGACAGGCCGUCUGGGUCCGCAACUGCGUUGAGAGGUCAACACUGCCGCCGGGGACAACGCCGUACCAGCUGCUCACCGGGCAGAAGCCCGACCUGUCGCUGGCACGGGGCUGGGAGCUCAUCGACAUUGUCGACGACCGGGUGGUCACCACAUCGGACAUGGUGUUCUACGAGGAUAUGUCGCUGGAGGUGUGGAACUCGGAGCACGGGCCGGCGUCAGGUCAGACGCCGACCACCCCGCCGACCGAUACCUCGACGGCGACGCUGCCUCUGCUCGCCGAGGUCGGUGAGCUAACUGGUGAGGACGCCGAGGUCGUCCAUCCUCCUUCGCCUUCCAGUACGCCCCCUGCCCCUCCCCUCAUGGCCGACCUGCGCGAGCUUCCUCCUGUGUCGGCCUCCGGCGAUGAGGGGAGUAGUGGGACGUCGCCUUCGGCGCCGGCCAAGGGCAUCGCUGGUGGCCGACGUGUCAAGCGGCAAGUCGACGUGGAAGUGCAGGUCGAGGAGGAGCAGGUCGAGCAGGUCGAGGAGGAGCAGCCGUCUUGGGUGAAGCCGACGACGAACCAGCUGUCGGCAGAGGAGCUGACUACAGGGGAGAGGUCGGCCAGGAAGUCGACCGAGGUGCAGCAGGACGGCGAGGGCAUCGAAGCCGGUGACGAAGGGGAGAAGUCCACCGACAGCGACGUGGUGGAGGUUCGGCCUGAACCCCGGAAGUCAGGCCGAUUUCGGAGGCCGCCCGACUUCUUCGUCCCCGCUGCCUUCACCACGGUGUAUGACGUGGACGACAACGACCCGGCGUAUGACGACGCCGAGGAGGAUGAGGACUUUCCGGAGCUCGACCCCGACCUGCAUGCCGACCCCGAGCACCGUUGGGACAUCUCGACAAAGACGGUGAAGGAGGCGUUGGCAAGCUUGAAGGGCCCGGCGGUGAAGGCCGCCAUGGAGGUGGAGAUCCACAGCAUCAUCAACAUGGGCACUUGGGAGCUGGUCGAGCGCCCGCCGGGAGUGAACAUCAUGAAGAACCGGUGGGUGUUGACGACGAAGUACCACGUCGACGACACCGUCGAGCGCGAGAAGGCGAGGCUGGUCGUGAAGGGCUUCACCCAGGUGUAUGGCGCCGACUACGAUGAGACGUUCGCGCCGGUGGGCAGCUACGUCACUCUGAGGAUCUUCCUCAGCAUCGUCGCCGUCCUCAACCUCAACCUGAUGCAGCUCGACAUGAAGUACGCCUUCCUGCAGAGCAAGCUCGACCGGGUGCUCUACAUAUCCCAGCCAGACUACUUCAACGACGGAACCGGCCGGGUCUGCAAGCUGCUGAAGAGCCUGUAUGGGCUGAAGCAGUCGCCGCUGCUGUGGUACUUGGCACUUAAUGACGUGCAAGUCGGCGUCGGGUGGAAGAAGAGCCAGGUCCACGAGGCUCUGUACUUCAAUGUCGGCGACGACGGAGUGGCCUGCUGGAUGUUGGUCUACGUCGACGACCUGCUCGCUGCCAACAGCAGCACCGAGAUGCUGAAGGAGUUGAAGGAGCUGCUGGCGUCCGCCUUCGAGCUGCGUGAGAUCUCGCCGAUGCAGAAGUACCUCGGGCUGGAGAUCAUCCGCAACAGGUCGGCGAGGAAGGUGUGGCUGCACCAGCAGGGCUACGCCGACAAGCUGCGUAUGCGCUUCAUUGACGAGAAGCAGACCGGGCGCACCCCGAAGACGCCGGUCUCGGUCGGUGCCUACUCCGACCUCACCUUCGAAGAUGAGGAGGCACAAGAGCGGCAGGAGGAGGAGUACCGGCAGAAGGUCGGCUCGCUGCAGUUCACGGCGACGACGACGAGGCCGGACAUCGCCUUUGCCUGCAGCAAGCUGGGGAGCGGCCUCACAGUGAGGAGCGACCAGCACUGGCGCGAGGUCGACCGCUGCCUCGCCUACCUCGCCAACACAUGUGACACCGCCCUGAAGUUCGGCGGUGGACCUGAGUCGCUGGAGCUGGUCGGCUACGUCGACGCCGACGACGCCGGUGACAAGCAAAACAGGACGAGCACGGGCGGCUACGUGUUCGUCUACGGAGGGGCCGCAGUCUCCUAG